UUGCUUUGCAGCGAUCCUCUCUUCUACGCAUAUCCGGUCACCUAUACGAAUACGGCAGAAGUUUUCAAGAAUAUCAUCGAUGAAGUUAAAAUCCCGGACUUCCGAAUUCUUAUUUACAACGGUGAUGUGGACACAGUGUGCAACUUCCUUGGAGACGCUUGGCAUUUCAGAGAUGUUGCCAACAUUACUAACAUGAGUUACAAUGUAAGAACCCCAUGGAUGUUCCGUGGUCAAGUGGCUGGUUAUCAACAGCAAUACACACAUCCUAACAAGAAACUUACAAUGGAUGUCAUAACAGUCAAGGGUGCCGGACAUUUUGUUCCACUUGAUAGAGCAGGACCAUCCUUGCAAAUGAUCACCAACUUAAUGCAGACUACCAAGCCGAACUAUUCGUCGAUGCCAAACGGGUUCAAUCCAGAUCCCAUUCUUCUGCCUCUCCAAAAAUAUCCACCAAACGGCUCCCAAACUAACCACCAAACGACUCUGCCUGUCCCAAAAUAUCCACCAAACGGCUCCGUCACCUUCAAUCCUUCUGGUUAG